GCGUUCUGAUACGCGCGACGUCUAAGUUCUAAACCAUCCGGGAGCGACCAACUUAAGAAGAUGGAUCACAACAUCUUUGGCACCAUGUCUUCGAUUGGACACAGCACUGACUCGCGCUAUAUCAACGCUCGCGAACAAUCCGGAGAACGCGACCAAAGCGAAGCUAUCCCUGCAUUGGGUCUACCGCACCAUCACCCAGACUUGCAACAUGCAUCGACAAACACACGCCCCGCAAAUCGACAAGCGCCGGUUGCUGUAUCUACCCCUGCCAAGAAGCAGAAGUUGGGCAAGAACAAUGAGAACAAGAAGAAUAGGAUGAUGGGCAAGAAAGGAGAAGAUGAGGGAUUCAUCCCCAACUGGGAGCGCAUGCAGCCUUACGCUAUGUCUACAUUGCGCAACAAAGUCGCCAGUACCAAGAUCAUCAGGUACUUAGAGGCUCAAGGUGUCGACAUUUCCCAGGAGUUUCCGACGAUCGAUAUAACCUACAACGGCAAGAAAACGACCCGGGCUGAGGCUAUGGCAAUGAGAGCUCAAGAGCUUCAUCAAGCCAAUAUCGACCGGAAGAACGCGGGAGGUCAGCUGUCAGCCACGGCUCAUGACCUGUCCCGAGAGCCACUUCGCAACGUCUCUCCUAUGCCGAACGACCAGGGCGUAAUCUCAACGACCGGUGGCGGUGACUCCGAGGUCGAGGUCCUGAACGCGGUUGAAUCUCAGAGCGAGGUCGGGUCUCAAAACGAAGCCGUAUUCCAGCGCGAGGCUAGUUCCGACCAGAACAUGAAUGUAUGCGAGACUGACCAUGUCAAGGACCAGAACGUUGACGAAGACUUGAAACAGGUUGGAGUUGAAAACUUACGUGGGAGCAAUGCCUAUGACAACCGCCCAGCUGGUGCACACAAUAUCAAUAGCGAGGACUCAGAGCCCACGAUCGUCUCCUACACCCGCGCGGCCCUUCGCACGCUCAAGGAGGCUGCGUCUAAGUCAAGCUCCAACUCUCCUGAAUUGGUUUACGACGAUUCCAUGCACCCGAUCAUCUCUUUCAAAGCGCAGUGGGCCAUCUUUCGCCUGAUUGGAAGGGAGAACAACAAAUUGGUCUUCGAGCGAGAAGCUGUUGAUCGCUCCCUGCACGUCUGCCACCAGCUUCUACCCAAGAAGGGACACAACGCUUGCCAGGCAGAUCGCUACAAGGUUGCAGGUGAGCUUGCGCAAGACUUCUACCGGGAGGGUGGUGUGGCAAAUUGGGGUAUGGCGGUUGCCAUGGCCAAGAAGCUGAUUGAUGAGGAGUUCGGCCCAAACAUCUAAAGGGUCAGGCUUUCGUCUUAAUCGUGCAAUCUAGGAAUCCCGCCUGCGUCAUGGAUGACUGUUAAGGAGAGAGUGUAAGGUGUUAGCAUGUUCACGGCUUUGUUCAUCCCGGUGAGCACCUAUACUGAUUUAUGCAUGUUUUCCCUGGAAUAGCGAUUGCGGUCUUGGGUCUCAGUUUCAUUACGAACCUGAAAAUCGGCUCGGUGUUUGCUCAGUAAAGGUGCUUUUUCUUUCUGUUACUGGUUUAGCAUGAAAUGGAUACCCGCGCUUGAUUUAUCU